CAAUUAUUUUAAUUCAAAGGGAGUUACGGCACCCCGAAUGAGUCUGAGUGACUUUGGCCUGUCAUUGGCUAGUUUUUAUGAAUAUUGACAGAGGGACACAGUUGAUUGAACAGGCGCGGGUGCGUUCGGUUCGUUGUCCGGUAUGUAAGCAGAGCGGCAGACAGGAGGAGGUAGAGAGCUCGGAGGCGGACUGAGGCAGCGUGCUCCCGCGGUAAGGAAGUGUACAGACGGCCUAUGUACACGGACAGCACUACUGGUGCAAGUAUGAAACUCUCAUGAGAAAUAUAAAGUGUGUGAGACACUCCGUCCUCUACCGCACGCGAGCAUGAGACGUGUUGGGGAUAUUUUCUAAUGUUUACAUCUCAAAUGUGUUGAUAUCAUUUUGAUAUAUCUCUAUUAUAUGUGAUUAGAUUUUUGUUUAAAACUUAUCAGUAAGACACCAGGACCAAAAUGAAUGUUAAACACGUGAUCUGUGUAACUUUCUCUGUGUUAACGCUGUACUUGGAUAGGAUAGUUGGCGUGUCGAUGUAUUCCUAUUCACAUUUAUACAACAAACGCUUGAAGCGGAAUAUACCUCACAAAACCUCCUCCGAUCUAUAUAUGGAUCCAUGCAAAGCAGCUGCUUUUAUAGGAGAUAUAGCCUUAGCAGAUGAAGAUAUAGCGUAUGCUAAAACACUAUCCAAAUCUGACGAGGAGCCUCGAGAUAUAUAUGGACUCCAAAUAGACGACCCCCGGGCGUCAACAAUUCACAGGAUAGGUCCUCAUACCACAUUAGAAAAAAAUAUUGAUCAACUAGAAAAAAAUAAUGGUAGAAAAUCUAAAAAACAUAAAAAGCAAAGGAAACAGAGAAAACAGAAGAAAAACAAGAAGAAAAAGAUACCGCUUAGAAAGUGUGCCAAGGGCGAUAAAAAAUGCAAAUCACUACGAAAAGCAGAAAAGAAAAAGAGGAAGGAACAGAGAUUUAGAAGAAAAAUCAAGAGAAAAAUUAAGAGAACAUUGGGCAUGUCUUCGGAGAAUCUGAUCCAGAGACGAACUCGGCGCGCCGCUACAGCUCGUCCAGAACGCCUCUGGGAUUACGGUGUUAUACCGUACGAGAUAGAGGCCAACUUCAGUGGCCAACAUAAGGCGCUGUUUAAGUUAGCCAUGAGACACUGGGAAAACUACACUUGUGUGUCGUUCGUCGAGAAGCAACCGGAGCACAAUAACUACAUAGUGUUUACCGAGCGACCGUGUGGGUGCUGUUCUUUCGUCGGCAAAAGAGGAAGUGGUGCCCAAGCGAUAUCUAUUGGAAAGAACUGUGACAAAUUUGGGAUAGUUGUCCACGAACUUGGCCAUGUAAUUGGAUUUUGGCACGAGCACACUCGACCAGACAGGGACGACCAUGUACAGAUAAUUUACAAAAACAUUAUGCCAGGCCAGGAAUACAACUUUAAUAAGUUAACAGAGAGUGAAGUGAAUUCUCUCGGAGAGGAAUACGAUUAUGGAAGUAUAAUGCACUAUGCCACGAACACAUUCGCAAGAGCCACCUAUGUGGAUACCAUCCUGCCAAGGAAGAAAACGGACGUAUAUCCCGAGAUAGGACAGAGGGUCCGUCUUAGUUCCGGGGACAUCAGACAAGCAAAUAAACUCUACAAAUGCCAAAAAUGUGGCAGGACUCUCCAGGAAUCUAUUGCGGACUUUUCCCACACACCCAAGGCUAACGAGGCUGAGAUGUGUCACUGGAGGAUAUCCGCUACCCAUGGCGAGAAGAUCGUCCUCAACUUUACAGCUGUUGACAUUCCAGAAUCUGUUGGCUGUGAAACUGACUACCUGGAGAUCCGUGAUGGCCAUUACAUCCGAUCGCCUCUCCUCGGUCGUUACUGCGGUGAUCGAAUUCCACCAACCCUCAUCUCUUCAGACAGUCGCAUGUGGCUUGAAUACAGGUCUAGCAGAGGUCAAGGAUCAGGUUUUAGUGCGCAGUAUGAAGCUAUUUGUGGUGGUGAGAUCUAUAAAGAAAAUGGUCAGCUAACCAGUCCAAACUACCCUGACGACUACAAACCAAAUAAAGAGUGCAUUUGGAAAAUCACCGUUGAGGAAGACUACUCGGUCGCACUUAAGUUCCAGUCUUUUGAGAUUGAGAACCAUGACAAUUGCGUCUAUGACUACCUUGAGAUACGGGACGGUCACGAGGACACCUCUCCUCUGAUUGGUCGGUUCUGUGGCUAUAAAAUUCCGGAAGAUAUCAAAUCUACCGGGAAUAAGUUAUAUGUGAAGUUUGUAUCGGACGGAUCUGUACAAAAGGCGGGGUUCGCAGCUUCAUUUGUAAAGGAAUACGAUGAAUGUGCGACCGACUUCCACGGCUGUGACCACAUCUGUGUCAACACACUCGGCAACUUUAAGUGUGAAUGUAAAAUUGGGUAUGAGCUCCACUCCGACGGCAAGAAGUGUGAAGAUGCGUGUGGAGGUUACAUAGACCUGGCAAAUGGUACAAUUCAGAGCCCUUCCUUCCCUGACCUCUAUCCCCCCAAUAAGAUGUGUGUUUGGGAGAUCGUAGCUCCAGACCAGUACAGAAUCACACUCAACUUCACACAUUUUGACAUGGAGGGCAACAAUCAAGAUUGUGAGUACGAUUCGGUGAGGGUGAGCAGUGGAGUAGGAACUGAAGCGGUGGUACAUGGCAUCUUCUGUGGCUCCAACCUACCAAUGCCCAUCACUUCCGAGAGCAACACACUCCGAAUCGAGUUUAACUCAGAUAACUCUGUGCAGAAAACAGGAUUUCAAGCUGUUUUCUUUACAGACAUGGACGAAUGUGCUGUAAACAAUGGAGGCUGCCAACACAUAUGUAAAAAUACGGUUGGGAGCUACGAGUGCGCAUGUCAUAAUGGAUUCACCCUACAUGAAAACAAUCAUGACUGUAAAGAAGGUGGCUGUCAACAUACAAUCAGUGAUCCUCAAGGAGAGAUAAGCAGUCCUAAUUGGCCGGACUACUACCCGAGCCGAAAGGAUUGUGUGUGGCAAUUCACCACCACUGAGGGGCAUCGGAUAAAAUUGGUCUUCCAGCACUUUGAAUUGGAGCCCCACCAAGAGUGUACAUACGACCAUAUCGAGAUAUUUGACGGCAAGGACUCCAAUGCUCGCAGUCUAGGGCGAUUCUGUGGUAGUAGUAUCCCUCGGCCAAUCAGCUCCAGUAGUAACGUCAUGUACAUGGUGUUCUACUCUGACGCGUCAGUACAACGUAAAGGUUUCCACGCAAUCCACAAGACAGAAUGUGGUGGCCACCUAACAGCUAAGGACGGCCAACAGAGGCUGUACUCUCACUCCAAAUACGGCGACCAGAACUAUGACAACAAGAUGGAGUGCGAGUGGGUGAUUGAGGCCAAAAGUAACAAGCGUAUCAAGUUCUACUUUGUCACGUUUGAAAUAGAAGACGAAAGUGAAUGCGGGUACGAUAAUGUGGAGAUUUAUGACGGAAUGCAUGACACCGAUCCCUUGGUGGACAGAUAUUGUGGGAGCAAGGUUCCCUCGGAGAUCAUAUCGUCAGGAGAGUAUCUACUGAUUCGCUUCAAAUCUGACGAUACCAUCAACUGGAAGGGAUUCUCUGGUAUAUAUCUCCAGACCAGUCCGGAGGAUGAGGGCAUAGGAGGGCUGAAACAGCUCCCCAUUCUCCGCUAGUCCGGACCAGCCUGCCUUUCUAUCCAGGGAUUCGUUAAGAGUUCCAACUGAUCCGAGCCAGUCCACAGCAGGUUUUAGACAAGGGACACCCACAGCCUCUACCUUCCUUCAGUCACUGGUCUGCUGAUGUUCGGGUCACGGUGUAGACUCCUGUCCACAUGUUAUAUGAGAAUCUACAUAAAUGUUGACAGUUUUAAGCAGGUCAUUUUGUGAGCAUGGUCCAAAGCCGUAGAUAUAAUGUGGAAAUAUUGUGGGUGAUUGAGAUUGAAGGGAGAGAUUGAGGGCUCUGUGUUAGCUCAGCAUCAACACUCUACUUCUCUACCUCGGUGUAACUCGAGCUGAAGAAGUCACAUUUCUGUAUAUUUUGUGUGUCGUAGGGAGAAAUGGAAAAGAAAAUGCAAUAAUCAAAACCGUGUAUAUUGUUGAAUGUGACAUUGUUCGGAGUUGUACAUAUUAUACAUUAGUAUCUAAGAGAUGGUUGUGUUAUGUAUAGAGUGUAAGGGUAGCACAUUAAAACUAGUGUCAUUACAUCGUAUUUACAUUUUCUUGGAGCAUAUUCAUAUAUACUAAUUAUUGUACCAUGUUAGAUGUUAGUGUUAAUGUUUUUUUCUUCUGCAAUCAAGCUUUAUGAUUGUUCCUUUUAACAGUUUGUGAUGGUGUUAGAACAUCUUUCACGUUAAUUUGGUUGUUGCUGUUUUAAUAAGACCAAUCUACCGGUAAAUUGCGUUUUUAUAUUUUCGUGAACACUUUUAAAGUUAAUUGUGUUUCCACUCAAUCGAUAAGUGCAAUGCACAACAUAUAGCGUACAAGAUUUAGAGAUUUAAUAUUACAAACUAGACAUGCAUCGGAGUCCCACACGGUAUGUAUCCUAUUUGUUUUACAAGUUUUUGUUUACAAUUCAAAGUUUAUCGUUGUAAUAUUAAUCCGUAACUAGCCAUGAUAGGAACUAACGGGAACAAGACUCAAUACUUCGUAGGAGGAUAUGAAGGGUAGAGAAACUCCAUCUGUGGGGUCAUACAAUGAUAAAAAGCCGGUGGUUUUACCAGAUAAAAGUUCAAAUUAGUUUCCAUUGUAUGAACCAAUAGAGCUCCUCUUCACUGGACUAAAAAACAAUUGUUGCUUUUAUCCCUAUAUGGGCGCACAUGUAAUAGAGGUCGGUAUAUAACACGAUGUUAACUCGACGGCUUUGAUAGAAAGUUUGGUACAGUAACAGGUGUUCGUUAUCGCUGUUUCUUUGUGUUAUAUGUCAAUUUGGAUGUAAGAUUAGGCAUAUCACGAAUUAUAUCAUAUUCCAUGGUCAUUAAUUUUUCUAUGUAAUAAGGAAAGAUAAAAAAUCUUAUAACAAAUGUUCCUGUUCCACAGAGUCAACAUAACAAUUAAACAUGAUGUACAACUUUUGAUGUAUAACGUAGUGAGUAAUGAUUAUCUGUAUUUUAAUCCGAUUGAUAUGUACACAUGACGUACCAGUAAGUAUUAAACGUAUGCAUGUUGUGAGAGUCAACGUUACCCGUUCACAUGUCAAAUGCAAUAUUAUCUGUGUAUGUGUUGUACACGUCAACAUUACAUGUGUAUGUGUUGUACACGUCAACAUUACAUGUGUAUACUGUACAUGUCAACAUUACAUGUGUAUGUGUUGUACAUGUCAACAUAACGUGUUUGUUGUAGACGUCAACAUUACUUGUGUAUGUAUUGUACACGUCAACAUAACAUGUGUAUGUGUUGUACACGUCAACAUUACAUGUGUAUGUGUUGUACACGUCAACAUUACAUGUGUAUGCUGUACACGUCAACAUUACAUGUGUAUACUGUACACGUCAACAUUACAUGUGUAUACUGUACACGUCAACAUUACAUGUGUAUGUGUUGUACACGUCAACAUUACAUGUGUAUGCUGUACACGUCAACAUUACAUGUGUAUGUGUUGUACACGUCAACAUUACAUGUGUAUGUGUUGAACACGUCAACAUUACAUGUGUAUGCUGUACACGUCAACAUUACAUGUAUAUGUUGAACACGUCAACAUUACAUUUGUAUGCUGCAAAAGUAAAAAUUACGUGUGACGUAUUGUACAUUAACAUAACUUGACACGCUAAAUGUUGUUCGAAUGAACAUUAUACUUUUACAUGUUGUAAAAUUUAACGUUACAUAGAUUUGAACCUCAUCAAAUACCUGUAGCUUUUAGCUAUUUCAUAUUAAUAUUCAUUUAAUUUUUUAAAUAUUGUAAAUUAUUUUGAGAAAUAAAUGUCAUUUUGAAGAGA